GGCGGAGCGACGGGUUGGCUGUCAUCUUGAUGCUUCACAACUUAAUUCCGCUGUGAGCAGCGAAGAGGCCGGCUGUGUGUUUAGGUUGGUGAGGCCAAGUGUGGAAGGAACCAUGUGAGAUUCUCCGCGGUCAGCGGCUAAGGCGAUGUUCGCUCUGCUGGCGAUGGCGGUCUGCUGUGUGCUCCGCGAGGUGACAUCGUCGUCGUGCGAGGAGGCCCGCCUCAAGUGCGCGUACCGGACGGGAUGCGGCAUGGCCCUUCAGAACUACAUCGUCGGAUGCUCGGGCGUGCUUCACGGGGCCUGGACUUCGUGCCCCGAGUCGUGCCAGUUGGCGCUCAUCGCGCUGACCUCCACCGAGGAGGGCCAAGACCUCAUGACGUGCGCCUGCGCCGACGAGUUGUGUGAGGAGACGAAGCACAAGGUCGAGGUCUGUCGCCCGCACGUGCUGGUCGCCACGCGCAACGAGACGAUUGUCAGCUGUCGGACCGCGCAGUGGAUCUGCUCCGCCGACGCUCUGUGCUCCACGGCCCUCGACUACUACAACCGCUACUGUCGCGCGAUGUUCCAGGGCAAGAAGUGCACCCACCGAUGCAACAACAGCAUCUCCAUCCUGCGCAGGCAGGAGAAGGCGGCGAAGCUCAACUCUUGCGUCUGUGACGGCCACGAGGACUACGACUGCCCGCGCAUCCGCACCAACAUGGCGCGCCUCUGCUUUCACGCGGAGCCCCCCGACAACCGAGAGCCGCCCACGCCCAGCGGGGCACCCACCCUCGCGGUCAGCCUAGUCGCGGUCCAGCUGAUGGCGUCACUCGCGCGGUGGGCCGUCGUCACCUGACACAGGCUGGACGCGUAGGGCACCGCAUCUACCUCUCGUCCACCUUCAGUAUUCAAACGCAACUCAGGAACAGGUCGCGCUCGCCACGUGGAGCCCCCGUCUGAUACAGGGUUCAAGCAAUCACAACUCGGAGUAAGCUUUAAGAGACAAAACAGUGGACAGGAGUGGCCUUUAGCGACGCCAAAGAACUUGUUGUGUGGCUGUACAGUUCACACGAGGACUUAAUACUUAGCAAGUACGUGAGAACGGAGGGAGCUCAUAUGCCCAUGCAUGAAGCGAUCUACGUCGAUCCGAAACAGCUCGUCUCUCUCUUACUUAUUUUUAAAGAGGUAAUGUAUUUAAUUUAUUAUGUACUGAAGUGUAUAUGAAAACUUCUUGGUGUAAAUGUGCAUUGGAUUUUGAGAGUUUGUUUGCUGGCUGUUGAAAAAAAAUUAAAAAAAUAUGCCUUUCCAGUCUCUGUGGGCACAAUUAAUAAGACAAGGAUCAUCAAGCCACAAAAGUUACGUCGCUGAGUUCAACAGCCCGCAGCCAUCUUGCCACGCUCUGUCCAGAGCGACGUUUUCUCUCUCCCACUGCACACUGUAGUGUUACGGUUCUCUGUAUUAUUGUAAUAAAUACAACUGUUGUUUUACAAUGUC